CGCAGUAGCUGGUGCGUAGGGCUGGUCUCUCUUCAUUUAGCAUCGAUCGGACAAACUGGGCAGAGCCAUGGAGAGGAUUUGCUGUAAAGUUGCUGUGAGGAUUUGGCAAAUCUUUUCCCUCAUUUUACUCCUGCAAACAUCCACCCAGGCCCAGCAAAUAUGCAGCAGUCCUGCAUCUGUGGCCAUACCAGAGAACAACACAAUAGGUGAUGUCAUUUUAACCAUCCAAACUUCAGAAGGCGUUACUCUGAGUUUAAAAGAGAAUCCCAACAACCUGUUCAUGAUCAGCAGAAACCAGCUGAAAGCAAAUGCGACGCUUGACUACGAGACUGCAAAGACACAUGUAGUUGAAAUUACAUGUAACCAGAUGUCUACGGGCACACUGCUCAAUAUUGUGGCGGUCAUAGUUGUGACUAACAUAAAUGAUAACCCUCCGGUGUUUUCAAGAAGCCAGUACCAUCUCAAUGUACUUGAGAUGUUACCUGUAGACACACCUUUGGAAACUUACAAGGCCAUUGACUUGGAUGCAGACACCAUACUCUACUACACCCUGUUGCCUGAACAAGGAUGGUUUAAACUGAAAACGCCAAAUAUCCCGACCAUUUUGGUGCAAAAACCUAUUGACUACGACACCAUUAAAAAUGUGAAGCUGACCUUGUUUGCUCGGGACACGCCAACUCCAACACCAACCUCAUUUACUGCUACCACCACCAUCCUGGUCACAAUUAUGGAUGCCGAUAACAGACCGCCAUGGUUCCAGCCAUGCACUCUGUACACCAAUGGUGGGGCCAAAAUAUGCCAGGGGGCAGGUUACACGGGCAGCGUCGUCUUAACAGAGCAGACGGUUGGUGUCUUACCACUUGAACCAGGUCCAAUUUAUGCCAUUGAUGGUGACUCUGGGAUAAAUGAGAGGAUAACAUACUCAUUUUUGAGAGGGAAUGAAGCAGGGCUGUUUGACAUCAACGCUAAUACAGGAAACAUUACGAUGCGAAAACCAGCAGACAUCAGUGGACCCAUUAACCUGACAGUACUGGCUUCACAAAUGAUGAACAGUUUUCAGUUCGCCACCACAAUGGUCACGAUCAAGGUCCUGCCUAAGAGCUUGCAUCCUCCACAGUUUGAGAGGAAGCAGUAUGAUGGUUUUGUCUCUGGAGUGGGCAUCAUGGUUCUGGAUCUAAACAACAAGACUCAGCCACUGUGGAUCAAGGCGAAGGAUGAAGACUUUGCCGAGGGAGAAAAUCCUGCAAUCAGGUAUAACAUUCUCGGGAGCAGUGCUUUCUCUCUCAUAGGAGGCUACUUAUUCAUGACUCAGGACACUUCACCGGGUAUGGUGUCCUUACAAGUGGAGGCAGUGGACACGUCUAAUAAAGAAUCUGCUAAAGUUGACUUGGCAGUUGAGGUUUCAUCAGGGCUUCCGACCACCACUGUGGCACCGAGUACCACAGACAUGGCGUCCACAACUCCUAUAGAAAUGACAACUGGCCGUACCACUGAAACCAGUGAAACUGUUCCGACCACAACCCCCAAUCUCACUACAACAAACUCAGGCCUCACUACUAACACAGGCCUCUCUACCACUAACCCAAUCCAAUCGACCACAGAUCCCAUCCUGACCCGUACUUAUUCCAGUCCGAGUACUACAUCAAACCCCAGCAUGACCACUCAAGGCAGCUUCUCCACUGCCAGUACGGCACACCCUUACACAGAGGGUGGCCGAUUAGGAGGCUAUGGGGCAGAGGACAUGGCAGCACUCGGAGCCACCCUGGGUGUCCUGCUGUUUAUUGCGUUGGUGGUCAUCGGGCUUCUCGUCUAUUGCAUUCAAAAGGGCAAAGCAGACUGGCAGAAAAUCACUGAGGCCAGCACCUUCCAAAGUUCUCUGGGCCAAGGUUCAGGUGGUUGGAAGGAGGGUGUACAGUACACCAAUGAAGGCUUCCACAAUGAUGAGGACUCAGGCAGCAUGAGUUCAGGGGAGCUGAAGACCAAGCUGGGCAUUGGGCUAGCGCCAAGAGCCGUGGGGGUCCCCAAUGAGGGGGCCAUUCUCAGAUCUACCGCCCCGCUGCACAUGCUUCUGCCUGACGACACGAGCCUGGCAGGCUCAGACAAAGCCGAAAGCGAGAAGGAGGUCAAACCCAUCCUGACUAAAGAGAGACGCGUGGAUGAGGGCUACAAAUCUGUUUGGUUCAAAGAAGACAUUGACCCUGAAGCUAAGGAGGAAGUGGUCAUCAUUCAAGACAAUGGACAGCGAGACAGGGAGGAUGAAGAGGAAGGAUUAUCUAGUGGCAGAGAUGAAGAGGAUGAUGACAACUCACCAGGCAAGACCCAAAACAUUUUCUUCGCUGAUAGUGAUAUGGACAGUGGUCUGGGUGUCCAAAUUCGAGAUCCAAGUGCAGAUUCUGAAGAUGAUGAAAUGUCGACAGCUGAUCUCUGAGAAAAGACAUUCUAUGGCAACUUCAACUCCCAAACAUUCCAUCCAUUCCAUUAUCCAAACCGCUUAUCCUGCUCUCAGGGUCGCAGGGAUUCUGGACUCUAUCCCAGCAGUCAUUGGGCAGCAGGCAGGGAGACACCCUGGACAGGCCGCCAGUACUCCCAAAAAUUUCCAUCCAAUUUUCAAAUAUAAAACUGCAAUAAAAAUAAAACCACUGAUUAUUAGAAAGAAUUAUGUAGCUCUCCAGCCAGGAUUGGUCAUUAUGUGAAUUGAAACUAUUUAAACGGAGUAAUCAGUAACUCCUCACAAAAGUGAGUACAAAAGUAACACAAAUUCGUGAAUUAUCAAAUUCAAUGCAAAAGGAAAAAGUGCAAUAUUGAGAUAUAUUGUUUGCUAUCGAGUACUCUGUACGUUAAGUGGCACUGCUUUUCAAGACAUUUUAUUUGUAAAGGCAAGGUUCUCUUGUUUUUUCUAAUGACCAGUAAAUAGAUACAAUUUCUUAUAUCAGUAAAUAAUGUAUGCUUGCUGUUGACAAAUAAAUACUGUAAAAUUACCUGAUGCAACUAGGGAUGGGCAAAGACGAGCAGUAUCUCAAUUAAAUUUAUUUAAAAUACGUAUUUAAUUACUUUUGAGUAUUGAGUAAUUUGUAUUUUGUUGGACAGAAAAAACAAGAUGUAAUUUGUAACAAAAUACUUUGAGCUUGUAUUUGUAAGUAUCUGAAAUACUUAAAAUACAUUAUUUGAA